UCCCAAACGCUGCCUUCGCUGUAAAUUUUCUUUCCUUUUCUCUCUCAUUUUCGCUUACGCCAAACAGUGGAAAAGAGGAGAGAGGAUAUUGAAAAGAUUCGGAUUUUAUUUCAGGAGGGUACUUUUUUUCUUCUUGAAAUUUCGGGUUUUUCUUUUUUCUCAGAUCUAAGAUGGCUGCAUCAUCGUAUUGGUGUUACAGAUGCAGCAGAUUCGUCAGGAUUUGGAACCGGGAUUCAAUCGCAUGUCCGGACUGCAACAGUGGGUUCAUUGAAGAGAUCGAGAAUUCGCCGCGCUCCCUCUUUGGCAGUGGCCGCGGCAGUGGGAUGUUUCCGGCCGCUGGGAUGUACAUGAUCAACAGUCCAGAUGGGAGCAGCCCAUCCCGCGUCCUCCGUCGCAACCGCCGCGAUCGAACUACCUUCAAUCCGGUCAUCGUCUUACGGGGUACCGGUGGAGGACCGAUCGAUGGCCCAACAGAAAAUCCAAGUAUCUCAGACGAACACGGUCGGGCUUUUGAACUCUUUUAUGACGAUGGACGAGGGUCAGGGCUGAGGCCGUUGCCGCCGAGUAUGUCAGAGUUUCUGUUAGGGUCGGGUUUUGACCGCCUCAUAGACCAGCUUUCAACGGUGGAGAUCAACAGUAGCAGAUACGGGCAUCCUCCGGCAUCGAAGGCGGCCGUGGAGUCAAUGCCCACCGUGGAGAUCGAAGACACACACGUGGAGACAGAAUUGUUCUGUGCAGUUUGCAAGGAUCCAUUCGAAUUGGGAUCAGAAGCACGAGAGAUGCCCUGUAAGCAUUUAUAUCAUUCUGGUUGCAUACUUCCUUGGCUCUCAAUGCGAAAUUCCUGCCCAGUUUGCCGCUACGAACUCCCUUCCGACACAGGGGAAAACGGAGGACACGGACACGGCGACGGUUCAGAAGAGCCCGUAGGAUUGACCAUAUGGAGGUUACCGGGCGGGGGAUUCGCAGUGGGGAGGUUCUCCGGAGGGAGGAGAGGAGGAGAGAGGGACCUUCCAGUGGUGUACACAGAGAUGGAUGGUGGGUUUAGCAACGGGGGAUUGCCAAGAAGGGUGUCGUGGGGGUCUAGAGGAAGCAGAGGGAGGGAGAACGGAGGAUUAUUAGGAAGGGUAUUCCGCAAUUUGUUCGCCUGCUUUGGAGGGAGCGUGAGGUCAACUACAACGAGUAGGAGGAGGAGUUCUUUCCUGGUUUUCAGUGCAUCCCCAAGGCGGAGACGAGGGUGGGGUGUGGGGGUUGAUGGUGGAAGCAGGAGAUGAUUCUUGAUAUCCUCAAGCCAUUGUAAAUAUUAACACAGAUUUAGGUUCCCCAAUUUGCAAUCUUUCAAGAAUGGAUUGUUGUGACUUGGUAAUGGGUAAUCUAUAAGUGCAGAAUCUUACUUGAACAAAGAAGCAAGAGCAACCACUUUCGAACUGGAAACUUUGAAGUAGAGAUAUGCUCUGUUUCUUCUAUGGAACCAUAAUCUAGGUCUAGAAGUCCGGCAGACUAAUCUAGGUAGUCUGCCGUUUCUCUUUAUUAUAUUUGUAAUUUGUAGUUGGUUUUAGUUUGUUAUUUCUUAUUCUUUAAAAAAAAAAAAAAAUCUAGUAUAAGUGUGAUCUAGCAUAUUUAGAACAAAUGUUGUUCUCGAAUUGAAAAACAAUAUCAUCAUCAACUGCAUAAUCCCUUGGAUCAGUGUGGUUUUUAUUUUCCAAGUGGAAUAUUUUUUUUUUGAACAAAUUGUAAUUAUUAAC